AUUUAAACUAACUUUAAAUUCAUUGGUGGUUUGGGUUUGGAUGAAGGCCUUGUAAUAUUUUUUUCCGGCAUCUAUUGUUUUCAGGGUUAACCUUGAAUUUAUCAUUAUAAACAACUAUUUUUAUCCUUGUUUAAAUAUCUUAUCAAUUUAAUGCAUGUGUGUACGUGGUAUCAUUGAUAAAGGAAGGAUUUAGCUUGUAAGCGGUGCGGCUGUGCAUUCUGUCUUUUCGUCGGACUUAAUGCACACAUUGGAUAAUCUUCCAAAGCCUAGUAGCAAAUUGUAUGAGGUAGUUUAUAUGUUAGUUUUGUGUUGACUGGAAACUACGAAAAUGCUUCGAGCUAUAAUUUCUUCCGGCCUGAAGCUCAACAAGGCCGCCUUCUCAACUGCGGCGUUGCCAGCACCGAACACCAAUCCUGAAGUUUUGUAUACUGGAAUCUUCAUCAACAAUGAAUGGCAUAAGUCUGCGUCUGGGAAAGUGUUCAAGACGCUGAAUCCUGCGACAGGAGAGGUUAUUGCAGAGGUGCAAGAAGGCGAUAAGGCAGACAUCGACAAGGCGGUCGCUGCGGCCGGCAAUGCCUUCAAGUUCGGUAGCCCGUGGCGUCGCAUGGACGCCUCGGACCGAGGGGUGCUCCUCAACCGGCUGGCUGACCUCUUGGAGAGGGACAGGACGUACCUUGCCAGCCUGGAGACAUUGGACAACGGCAAGCCGUACUCCAUGUCGUACGCGGUGGACGUCCCUGGCAGCAUCAAGACGCUGCGCUACUACGCCGGCUGGGCGGACAAGAACUCUGGGCAGACCAUCGCUGCUGACGGAGACUUCUUCGUGUACACGAGGCACGAGCCGGUCGGGGUGUGCGGUCAGAUCAUCCCCUGGAACUUUCCUCUGCUGAUGAUGGCUUGGAAGCUGGGGCCUGCACUUGCGACCGGCAACACAAUAGUGCUGAAGCCGGCGGAGCAGACGCCCCUGACUGCGCUUUACGUGGCCCAGCUGGCCAAAGAGGCCGGCUUCCCGCCGGGUGUGAUCAACAUUGUGCCGGGUUUCGGCCAGGCGGGCGCCGCGUUGGUGCAGCACAACGCUGUCGACAAGGUGGCCUUCACCGGUUCCACCGAGGUUGGCAAGCUGAUCCAGGAGGGGUCGGGCAAGAGCAACCUGAAGAAGGUUACUCUCGAGCUGGGAGGAAAGUCUCCAAACAUCAUCCUGGGAGACGUUGACUUGGACUACGCUGUCGAGCAGGCCCAUUUCGGGCUGUUCUUCAACAUGGGCCAGUGUUGCUGUGCUGGAUCGCGUACAUUUGUUGAGGAUUCCAUCUACGAUGAAUUUGUAACGAGAAGCGCAGAGCGAGCCAAGAAGAGAACAGUGGGCAACCCAUUUGACUUGAACAUUGAGCAGGGUCCACAGAUUGAUGACGAGCAACUGGGGAAGAUCCUGAGCCUGAUAGACUCCGGGAAGAAGCAGGGGGCCCGUCUGGUGGCGGGGGGAGGACGGCAUGGCGACCGAGGGUACUUUGUGCAGCCCACUGUGUUUGCGGACGUCAAGGACAACAUGGACAUUGCCAGGCAGGAGAUAUUUGGACCAGUGCAACAGAUCCUGCGAUUCAAGAGUUUGGAUGAGAUCAUCGAGCGUGCCAAUGCCACGGAAUAUGGUCUGGCUUCUGCCAUCUUCACAAAGGAUAUCGACAAGGCAUUUUACUUGGUGCAGGGUUUGCGUGCUGGCACUGUUUGGGUGAAUACUUACAACAUUCUCACCGCCCAGGCACCGUUUGGUGGCUACAAGAUGUCUGGCAAUGGCCGGGAGCUGGGUUCGUAUGGUCUGGAGGCCUACACGGAAGUCAAGACUGUUAUUGUCAAGAUCCCGCAGAAGAACAGCUAGGCGGUUGUGUUUUCUGCUUGCUGAACCGAAUAUUACUGCUGUGAACUGAAGCUUGGAACUUGAUUGGGUCUUGUAUCACUGUCCAUUCCAUAAUUCAGUGCAUGAUUUUGUCAUUCAUAUCAGUUGAUUGUUAAGAUAAGAACUUGUUUCGUGACACUAGCACGUGACAGCUUUAAAGAAAAUAUUAAAAAAUACUAAAAUAUAUAUAUCAUCUAUAACAAUCCGUUUUAAAAAUAUUUUUGCAAGACAUAUUUGUUUUAAGUAAAAUAUAAACUACUUUAGAACCAAUUGUUCUUGCACACAUUAUUAUAAUUACUAUAUUACUAUUGGGUUUGUACUUGUGAUAAUGAUUCAAAAUAAUGCACUUAAAACCAUAUAGAAUUGACAUUGAAUGUUUUUACUUGUGGGAGAAAACAGAAGUGAUGUUACUGUUGAAAAUUUCAAUUGUUUUAUAUUAAUACUGUCCUUAAUAUUUUACUAAUGUCAACGUUACUGGAUUUGCAAGACUGUACUGUAUUAUACAUAUGAAUUAGGUAUUGAGUUGCACUCACUGUAUUGAUGUACAGUCAUGACAUUACAUAAGUUUAAAGUGAGCAUGUGUACAACUGGUGAGCAUAAUCAAAAUAGAUUGAUUACCAUUUUUCUAAAUAAUGGACAUUAUAUAAAUACUGUAUGGAAUCGUACUAUUGUAGUACACUGUCUGAAAUCAAAAACAAAUGAACUAUUUUUUUUAAUAAAUUUUUGUGUAUAA